GUUAGGCCCACUUAUUCAUGUUGCGUCAGUCAUAUGACAGCAGUAUUUGAGUCACGUACCUCACGUAGCGGCUGAUUGAAUCGGAAGUGCGACGUAGUACUGUACAGAAACAACCGUCGCUGUGUAAUGAUAAGAGAAAGCAUGCACUGAACAGACACACUUUUGCCGAUCUCAGUUCAUUGACAAAUGACAAUGAAAUCCUUCAUUCUGCUGGCGGUUUUAGUGACCAGCGUCCACACUACGACAGCAGCAGGAUCCGCAGCGCACAGGUGCUUCUGUCAGGUCACUGGGACCCUUGAUGACUGUGCUUGUGAUGUGGAGACCAUCGACAGCUUCAACAACAAAGAAAUCUUUCCCAAACUACAAAAACUACUAGCAUCUGAUUAUUUCCGGUUUUAUAAGGUCAAUCUGAACAACCCCUGUCCGUUCUGGACAGACCACAGUCAGUGUGGACUCAAAUACUGUGCUGUGAAACCGUGCACACCGGGUGAAGUACCAGAGGGCCUUAAAUCCAGCAGUUAUAAGUAUUCAGAAGCAGCCAGUCAGGAUAUAGAGGAGUGUGAGAAGGCAGAGAAACUUGGAGCUGUCAACGGUUCUCUAAGUGAGGAGACACGCCAGGCUCUUCAGGAGUGGAAGAAACACGACGAUGAAUCGGACCGUUUCUGCAUGUUGGACGAUGAGGACUCGCCUGAAUCACAGUAUGUCGACCUCCUGCUCAACCCUGAGCGUUUCACCGGCUAUAAAGGACCAGAGGCCUGGCGGAUCUGGAACAGCAUAUAUGAGGAGAACUGCUUCAAACCAUAUUCAGUUAAGCGACCACUGAAUCCUUUGGCGUCUAACAGUGGAGAUGACGGGCCAGGGUUCUACCGCUGGCUAGAAGGCUUGUGUGUAGAGAAACGAGCGUUCUUCAGGCUAAUCUCAGGACUACAUGCCAGUAUAAACAUACACCUGAGCGCCAGGUACCUACUAGAUGAAAACUGGUUCGAACUGAAGUGGGGUCACAAUGUCUCGGAGUUCCAGCUGAGGUUUGACGAGGAGCUGACAGAAGGGGAGGGGCCAAAGAGGCUCCGCAACCUUUACUUCCUGUACCUCAUUGAGCUGCGUGCUCUGGCAAAAAUACUCCCUUAUUUUGAACAUCCCACCUUUCAUUUGUACACUGGCCAACACACGCAAGAUAACGAGAACAAGAAAUUGCUUCUAGAGCUCCUUCAUAUAGCCAAAUCUUUUCCGUUGCAUUUUGACGAGACUGCUCUAUUUGCUGGGAAUAAGAAGGAAGCCACGAAACUAAAAGACGACUUCAAGCUGACCUUUAAGAACAUCUCACGCAUCAUGGACUGUGUUGAAUGCUUUAAAUGCAGACUUUGGGGCAAAUUGCAGACCCAAGGCUUGGGAACCGCACUGAAAAUUCUGUUCUCAGAAAGGCAAAUAGAGGCAAUUCCCAACACAAGCAACACCAAUCCAUCAUUUCAGCUCAGCCGGCAGGAAAUAGUGUCUUUGUUCAAUGCUUUCGGAAGGAUCUCCACGAGUAUCAGAGAGCUGGAGAACUUUCGCUCGCUGUUGUCAAAUCUCAAACAGUGACUGUAAAAAUCCUUCAUUCAGCCUCAGUCAAGAAGACAAGACGAGGUUGUUUUAGGUUAAAUUACGGUUUUCAGAGGUUUUACACUGGUUGUUUAAAGGUUAACAGCACUGCAGUUUUAUCCCUUAAGAAUGGAGCACUUUAUUUAUAUACUGUAUUUUGCAUAUAUAAAACCAAGUUUCCAUUUC